GGUGCUCUGCACUGGCUGUCUCGCGCUCUCCAGGAGAUUGAGAGCAGACCUGCCAGUCCCUCGACUUCACCUAUUUCCUGUAGUCAGCAAUCCCACUCCAAAAGGGAAAAAAAGUGGAAGGAAGAAUUUUACAAACUGUUCUAAAUAAGGCGCUCUGAAAAACAACCCCCUACUUGGCCGCCUGCUGUCCAUCCCAUCCGAGCCUCACAGUUUAUGCUUCGAUUAGCCCUGGAAGCUACAGUCGCACUUUCAGAGAGGAAAAGCACAUCCCGGGCUCCCCUGCUACCCCGAUGUGUCCGAAGAAGUAUGACAUGAAGGAUACAACUGCGGCAUUUCUUUUCAAUUGAGAGUUGUCAUUACUUCGCAGCGCAUAACUGCCCUGGGCUACUACCUUCGGUCGGUAGACUGGCAUCAUUUGGGAGUGUUUUUCAUGUAUUGGAAAAAUGAAGUUUUGGCCCCUCUUCCAGAGGGAAAUCAAUUUUUAUCCAAAGGAAUACCCACGAAAGAGGUGAUUUCUCCGGAAAAGCAGAGUACUACGGUAUCCUCACACUGUGUGGAAGCCAAGCAACCACUGAUAAUGUCUCACUCAGACGGAGAAUCUCACAGGUCGAAUAUGGAAAAGGACGAUCCGCGAUCUUCGCCGACUCCUCCGUCUACGCCGUCGAUAUGUUCCCCGACGUCGUCUUCGUCCUCCGUACCGUCGACUGGGAAAAACGUGUGUGCGAGCUGUGGGCUGGAGAUCCUCGACAGAUAUCUACUCAAGGUGAAUAACUUAAUCUGGCACGUGAGGUGCCUGGAGUGCUCCGUUUGCAGGACGUCAUUGCGUCAACACAGCAGCUGCUACAUAAAAAACAAGGAGAUCUUCUGUAAAAUGGACUAUUUCAGUAGGUUUGGUACAAAGUGCGCCCGCUGUGGGCGACAGAUCUACGCCAGUGACUGGGUGCGCCGGGCGAGGGGCAACGCGUACCACUUGGCUUGCUUCGCCUGCUUCUCCUGCAAACGGCAGCUCUCCACGGGGGAAGAGUUCGGCCUGGUCGAAGAGAAGGUCCUCUGUCGGAUCCACUACGACACCAUGGUGGAAAACUUCAAACGGGCAGCAGAGAGCGGGAGUGGCAUUACGCUGGAGGGAGCAGUGCCGUCAGAGCAGGACAGCCAGCCCAAACCGGCGAAACGGGCCCGCACCUCCUUCACGGCCGAGCAGCUACAGGUGAUGCAGGCGCAAUUUGCACAGGACAACAACCCAGACGCUCAGACACUGCAGAAGCUGGCCGACAUGACGGGGCUCAGCAGACGGGUCAUACAGGUCUGGUUUCAAAACUGCAGAGCAAGACACAAAAAGCACACUCCCCAGCACAGCGGCCCCCCCCAAGGCCACCCUCAAUCUCGGAUGCCCCCUUCCUUGCCGGACGACCUGCAUUACUCUCCUUUUGGCAGCCCAGAGAGAGCACGCAUGGUGGCCCUGCACGGAUACAUCGAGAGUCACCCCUUCUCCGUGCUGACGACACAGAGCCUUUCUCACCAGGCCAUGACUCUGCCCCAGCUACCCCUCAGUCGCUAGCACCCGUCAGACUGACCCCUGAACUCUGCCCUCCGGAUACUGACUGCUCCCCCCCCACCCCAUGAAGUUCUUGUGGGAAACGGAGGACGUGUCUGGCUGAAUAACAACUAGAGAAAAUGCUUUUGAUUUUCCAGCUGACCGAAUGCAAGCAAGGUUCUUACCUGUGUCCGCAGCUUGGGAUUGAUUCUUCGCUUGGUUCACUGGACAGGGUGAAUUCGUCUGUGGAGAACCUCCCCCGUUCCGAAGAGUACUUGUGUUGAGGCUGGUGAAAAGGUCCAUACCAAAUGUACAUCGCCCUUUGGAGCUCAGGAUUUUCAGCUUUGCUGAAAAUCCCCCCCUGCCCCCACCCCUGAUUCUGGGGGAAACUCUAAUCCAAGUAGUGAAGAUUGUUGUUUUUCGUGCACUGCCAUUAAUCUAGAGAAGAAGUGAUAAGGACAAAGGACGAUAAAUGUAAUAACAGCUGCCUUGGCAAAAGACCACCAGGUAAGACACCCCCCCCCCCCCCCUCGUCAUUUUAAAUGCUUCAUUGUGGAGUGUUUAACUGAAGAACCCUAUGAGAACCAAGAUUUAGUUAAUCGAGAGUUAAAUGUCGCUUCAGACAUUAUCUUCGAAGGACUUACUACAAAUGCUAAAAGAUCCCAUAUUAUGGGUGACGCAGGCAGUUUGUCUCUCGUCCACAUGGAUGGCACUUAAACAUGUAUCCUUCGUUUGCUGUUCCCCGACUAAACAGUUUUGUCUUUAAUUUGCCCACAAUGCUUCGCUCUUUGCUGUUCUUUCAUUUAUUUCUUAUUCAUUGUGUUCCGUCUCUGCCCUUGCCUGAAAUGAAAAGGCUCCUUUCGGUCAGUGGGUGUUUUUUCGGGGCUUGCAGUUGCUUGCAGACAGAUCACUGUUGAGGCAUCUGGCUAAAAAGGAUAUGUAUAUGUGCAUUUUGUUUAGAUUUCAUUUUUCACAUGUAACCUUUAUGAAAUGGGCUAAAUGUCAUCUCCAAACAUUUCCCUUAAACACUAGCGUCUCCAGAUGUCAGUAUGACCACAUUUCUCCCAAAUGUUACAGAUCAGGCUGCGAUAUUCAUUUCUUUAUUGUACAUGUUACCAAUGAGGUUGGAGGUGAAUUUAUUGGGAACUGCAAUACAUAAUUUUUUUAAAUAUAUGUAAAUAUAAUACAUACAAAAAACAUACAUACAAACUUGAAUACAAGACACAGCAGAGUGUGGAUAUGCUAAUGAUGACCAUUAGUCACAUGAGAUAGAAUGGGAAAUAUGAAUCAGAUAAAUGUAUUCUAUAUAAUUUUGAAGACCCUGCUGUUUAGAGAGCUCUGUUUUCAGAAAACGGCCUGCUUUCUCUGUGAAUCUGCUUCCAACUGACUGUCUAUGAAGUAUGUUUAGCUAAGUGAAUUGGAACUUCCUGUUUCUGAACAAAAUUGUAAUUUUUUAGUGUUGUUUAGCAAGAGAUUCCACGUCCUGACGAUUUCUGCAAAAGCAUUAUCGAUUAUUCAAAACGUUUUCCACACGAAUCUCAUGUUUGUAAAAGAAUCUUUGCAUUUUUGUUACACAUCACAAGGUGAAAUACAAGCGAUAGCCCGUUUUUACUUGUGUAUGAAUGUCUUUCUGAAUCUCUCUGUGUUUUUAAGUCUUUAGUGCUUUUGCGUAUGUAAGUGGUUCCUGAAGACAAAGGGCCAUGAAGAAUUUAAGAUACACUACAUAACUCUGACUUUUUGUGGUUGGAAAAAGUCGGAACACAAAAAAGAAAACUGAAAAAGAAUUUUUCAGAUAUUUCAUAUAUCUGUGUGUGUGUGUGUGUGUGUGUGUGUGUGUGUGUCAUAUAUAUAUGACAUAGUGUCAAAUACUCCAGUGUCAGUGUUGGAUUCCACUGAGUUUUCCUGUCUGACGGUGCUUAACCAUGGGAUUACAUUGAAUAGGUGCCAUUAUGAAAUUGGAAUUCAUCAGAUAUUCAAAUCUUCAAUGCAACUGUUUUGACCCCCUAAAAAAGGACCAAUUUUUAUCUGUAUGGCACAGCAAUGUCUGACAGUGUGUCUAAACUCCUGGGGGUAAGUCUCCACUACAUGUUACACAGGCGGAUUCUCGUCCGAAAUGAGGAAUAUGGAUUAUUAAGUCAAACAAUCGAUGUGAUAACAAGCAUGUUGCUCCAUGACUGAGCGUACAGUGCCGUAUGUGUUCUCAGUGUGUUGCAGAAUAACAUUCUGUAUGCAUUACUGACCAGAUUUUAUUCACAGUCUUCUUGGGAUGUACAGUAUUCGAAGGUGGACAUUUUGAGUGCCUUAUUUAUUAAAUUAUGGAAGAACAAAAAAACGCUUUGUUUGUUUGCGUCUGUGAGGACAUGGGGAUAGCUUCACGUUGGCUUCGGAAACAGUCAUUUCAUUGGCAUAAGGGAGGCUGUGUCUUUAUCAUCAGACCGGAGACCGGAGAGGAAGCUGGGAAUCCUUCAAUGGUUCAUGUUGAAAAGACCAUGAAAUUAGACAUACAAGGACUAUACAUUAUGAAUAUAUGAGUCUCAAAUUGAAAUACAAAUAAUUGACAGUGUAGCUGUUAUAUUGUAGAUUGUACAUUCGCAAUGUCUACCUGUCUGCAUCGUUUACAUUUGCGGUGGCUGUAAUGUACUGUUUAACGUUUGCUAUGUAUUUGAACCGUAGCCUCGUAUUUUUUUAUCUCAUGCCUUCAUGUUCAAAAGAUAUGAUCUUGAAAAUCUGUGGGUGUAGAAAUGUCAGGAAUAUUGUCAGCCCGCUCUGUAACCCUCACCAUUAAACACACACACACACACACACACACACACACACACACAUUAAAACCAGAAAAAGGAAGAAAAGCGUGAAAGGCUACCUGUUUCGUUUCUCUACCCCAAAAAAGCCCAACAGAUGGUUACGUGUAAUUACAUGUAAUGCACUAUUUUAUAAGUAUAUCUUUAUGCUGGCAGACGGUUAUGUCUCUGUGCCAUUGCUGGUUUUUUGUUUUAAUGUUCGUUUUAACGCUGGUUUCCCAUAUUAACAUCUUCUCUUCUAUGCUUAACCCCCAAUGGGGAAAGUGGUACCGUGACAGUGUAUAGGGUUGUACAUAGAUGUAAAUGACAGAGGAGCAACUUUGUGUGAAACUGUAACUUGUGUUUUGACUGUAGAGAAAUAUGACCCUGUGUUUACGAAGAGAGACAAGGCCUCAAUGUUCCUGUAUUUAUUGAGACAGAAAUAGCCUGUAAGCACUUUUUGUUAAAACAAAUAAAAAGUUUAUUUCAUUUAUUGUGCAUUAUAAUUGUCUUUUGUGUACAACAUGCAAUAAAUUGGACUCUAAACGGUAGAA